AUGAAAGAGACGACGACAAUUGAAAAACCUCAUCUUGUCGAGAACUACGUCCAAAGUUUGAUGGCGGACCAUGUUGAGAAUGAUGAUACAAUAACGUUUCCAAAGGUAUUAGCUUUAUUGCUAGUCUUUUAUUUAACACUGAUUGAUUGGGAUCGAAGGAAACAGUUCGUUUUGUGGAUGAGGACUGCCAAUUUUCCCAAGGGGAGGCCGAGCGUGUUUUAUUUGUACCAAACAUGUUUCAAACAAACAAAAUUGAACAAUUUCUGAACAAUUUUAUUAUUCGCCGGUGAAUAAAAAUAUUAGAGAACUUAAGCUUCGUGUUAUACGUCAAACGGCAAACGCCAGGCAAAGAAAAAUUUUACGGUAUCAGGCGAUAAAGAGUAAAUGAACUUGCUGUUUUAAAAUUAUUCUUUCGACGCAAGAAAGAAAAUAUGAAACGAAAACGUUCAACGAAACUUUUGCCAAGAAAGUUCGAACCUCCCUAUUAUCUACACUUUCAUGUGAUACGCUCUCGUCCAAUGAGAUGCAAGAAUACGUGAACUUUGACACUUGCUAUCUAAUAAUACUGGUUCCCUUCCCUUCCCUUCCCUCGCCUGAAAGUGAGUGGACAAUUUCAGGAAACAAGGGGGGGGGGGAUGGGGGGGGAGGAUUUGGCGAAUACCGUGAACUUGCCUUCAGGGCACUGUAGAGUGGUACACUGCAGCUGAAGAUUGUUUUUGCUGUUUGAAAAAUAUGGCGUGAAAUGAGUCCCACAGAAAGUGAUAUUAUUACAUAAUCCUUGUUUCUACUCUGAUCUUCUUAGACACAUUUCAAUCUUUGUCUUGUGAAACUCGCUUCAGAAACUAUGGUGAGAGAACGCAGCUGUUUUAACGGGUAAGAGAUGCACUUCGUUAGAGAUGGAUUACACUAUCAAAGUUUCUGUGAUCACAGUAGGAAUUUUGCAUAGGUAAAUUCUAAGUUUUGAAGGAUUUGUAAGAAAUGUUUGAGGAAACUGACUUAAUGUUUAACACUGAAUCAGUGUUUCCUCAAACAUUUCUUACAAAUCCUUCAAAACUUAGAAUUUACCUUUGCAAAAUUCCUACUGUGAUCACAGAAACGUUUAUACUUCUGUAACGAUCAUAUACCAAACGUGUUGUCUUUAGUGUCAGUAGUAUUCUGGUUGAUGUCCGAACUACCUGCUGGACAUAUUUGAGGUCUAAAGCCUGUAUUCUAAAAGCUCGCUCACACUCAAAGAGUGGAGGUUCAAUCUGAGCUUCUCUUGAGUGCCAAUGCUGUUUUUGAAUAGCUGGAGGGUUAGUGUCGUACCUUACUAUGUGACUACUCACCCUCCAGCUAUUCAAAAACAGCACUGACACUCAAGAGAAGCUCAGAUUGAACCUCCACUCAUUGAGUGUGAGUGUAAACGUGGUUUUAGAAUACAAGCGUUAAUCUUUUUCUGGUAGUUCUGACCCCAACCACGACAGCUUGAGAUCUGUGCUUUUGCCCCAAAUUACGCUUCUCUAUAUUUAGGUACGCGAUGUACUAUGAGAACCUGUUACGUCAUCAGCACCAGUUGUUGUAUACGAAGGAACAGGUAAGAUUGCCUCUCUUUGCGUAGAAUUCGAGAAUCAGUAAUCAGUGAAAAGUUUGCCUGACCUCGGUGGGAAUCGAACCCGAGACCUUUGAGAUACCAGUCCGAUGCUGCCCUCUAUUUUAAUUUCUGCUUCUCCAGGAAAUCAAACAAAUUCGCAGCAGUAAAGAAAAUUCGGAGAAGAAUUCCCAAGUAGAUAUCGAUUGUCAACUGGCAGAUAAAAGUCAUGAACUUCUCUUGGGUAAGCGAGAAUUACUAGCGGUUAAAUUCACAAAGACUGAGCUUUGUAUUCAUUUAUUGCAGGAAACUCUAUCAAGAUAGGAUGGUCUGGAAACUGAACAGAAGUCAUUAUGUCAUGUUUUUGUCGGAGUUUAUGUUAAUUUGUGCACGGUCACGGUGAUUGUGCUCAUUGUAUUUUCGUAUAAUGAAUUAAUCGUCCAAUAGGGAUAGCUUAAUGAGUUGAGACAAAGGAUUUGUGCAUGGUGAGAUACAGUUCAACAUCAAACAAAGCUCUUCUAUUUUGUGGCUUUGAAGUUUGCCCGGCUUACAGGCCAUCAUAUCUUGACAGACUAUGAACCCGAAUAGCGAGGGAAAACUUAACCACUGGAAUAUUUGUACUAUAUUAUUGUUGUUUUAGAAAUAACCGCACUGAGAGCAAAAAUUAAAGAACUCACUGAUGAACUUAGCAAUCAGGUAAAAUUCACAUGCUUUUAAAUCGAAUUCAAAAGCAAGAUAAAGCAGAGUGGUAGCCAGAAGAUUAAAAAGAAUCGACAAUUUAAUGAAUUUGGGAAUUUCAGUUAGCCUGCGACAUUCAGACCGGAAUUAAGGAAUAACGUGUUUCUUAAGUCACGUUCUCGUGGCCUAGCGCCAACUGAGCUAAAUUGAAAGUUUUGAAGUGCAGGUCACCUGACAUUGUUUUGCGUGCUAAAACCAGUUAGCACAGAAAGGUUAGACAGAAAGGUUAUUUCCAUGCAAAACAAGUUGUCGAUUUUCUUCUUGGUGCUUUCUUCCCUGCUUUCCUUGCCCCAAGGAAAUGUUCAAACUUUACGAGUGUAUCAACAUGAUAUAGUUGCAGUUAAAUGCAUAUUAUCAUGAUUAAGUGAAAUUUAUUAUUACAGUAAGUGUUUUUAUUUCCCCCCAGGAAAGUGAUAUACGAGAAUGUUUAAGGAAAGAUUACAACACCGUCGUACGAGAUCUGUUUUCACGUUGUUUCUCCAUGAAGAAUAAAUUUGAAGAGUUCAGGUUAGUCCCGAGUAGUUUGAGCAAUGAGCUACUGUGGACUGGUCAGUGAUUGCACGUCCACUCCUUCACUUGUCGUGAAGGGCCUCAGAUCUAAAAUUAUAUAUAAUUUUCGUUCGAAAUUCUCAUGUACUUUCAAUGCCUUCAACAUUAAACAGGCGUUACAACUCUUCGGAUCAUUGAGGCAGAUUUCCACUACACAACAUUUGCCUAAAACUGUCGCAUGCAACCUGCUUACAACUUAAGUUGUACUGUGUAAAUCAAGUACACAACUUGCUUACGUUAUCGUAGUUGAGUUGUGUGUUUGAUUUACACAGUACAACUCAAGUUGUAAGCAGGUUGUGGAAAUCAGCGUUUACGCAAUACAUUUGCAUGACCUCAAGUUGGUUUUAACGCGACGUAUAUAGCUUGAUGUUUGGUAUUGAUCGCAUGAUAACUCAUCAUUUCAGGGGUUCGCUCUAUGACGAUGUUCUGGAAAAUCUGAGUAUGUGCGACGGCAAGCCAUGGACAAUAUGAGAAAGAUUAGGGAGAGAUCUGGCACUUUGAAAGGUGAGAAAAGACUCAAGAGAGACAGUGGUUUUAUAGCUGUCGUCAUCGUCGCCAUCAUCACACCAUCAUCAUCACACCAUCAUCAUCAUCAACAUCAACAUCAUCAUUAUCAUCAACAUCAUCACACGUACCAUCAUAAUCAUCAACAUCAUCAUUAUCACCAUCAUCACUAUCAACAUCAUCAUCGCCAUGAUCAUCAUGAAUUUUCCCAUUCAAAUUUGAGCAUCGUUCGUCUUGAUGAGAGUUUUAGCUACGCGCGCGGUAAUAUCUACUCAACUCAUGGAUAAUAAUGUAUCUUUCCAGAUGAUGCUGAGACUGAAUCAAACGUCCACUUGGCCAGAGCAGAGAGGAUCAGAGGAUACCAGGAGGAAAACAAACAUUUAGGAGCUUUGGUAAAAUAUAUUUAACUAAAUAAUUGUUCUUCCUAGAGAUCCGCUCCAGUAAGGGUCGCCAUUAUUGAUACAGUGUUACUACAGGAGGAAAACUGUUACAGGAACCGAACCUUAAUCCGUGGUGAAGGACUGAUGCUCUAACCACUGUGCAACAAUUUAUGUGAGUUCAUAUGUAAUGGCAUUCCUAACAUAGCGCAAUUUCUUUUCUUUUCAAGUUUUACAAAGUAAGGACUUUGAACUUUUGGAAAAACACCCGAAUGAGUUCAAAUCAUUUUGAAACGGUGAGUCUAGUACACGCAGUAUCGAUUAUCUCAUAACAUACGAGUUAGAUUUAAUAAAAUUUUAUAUAGUGGGUAUGUGUUUCAACAAUCAAGAACCCUAAUUCGAUAUUUUGUCGUUCAGGUGGCAAGUCUAAGAGACGAAGCCGACAAGGCGAAGAAAGAAUGUCUGGAUAUUAAAAAGAUGGCUGAAGAAAGAGAAUUGUUAUUAAAACAAGAACAAACUGCUUUGAGAAAGGUUAGUCUUGAGUAUAUAGAUGAUUGAUUGGUUGGGCAGUGAAUUGGAUGUUAAUUAGAUAAUUGACUGAUUAAUUAAUUUUGAUUAAUCAAUUGGAUGGUUUAAUAGAUUAAUUUUGAUUUGUUAAUUAAAAUCAAUUAAUUAAUUUGAUUAACUGCAUUGCUUGAUUAAUUCAUUUUGAUUGAUUGAUUAAUUAAUUAAUUGGAUUGUUUUAAUUUUGAUUAAUUAAUUAAUUGAAUUAUUAACCGUAUUGAUUGAAUUAAUUAAUGGGAUUGUUGAUUGGAUAAUUUAUUGAUUUGAUGAUUAAUUAAGUGUUUAAUUGGGCAAUUGAUUGACUGGUUAAUAAAUAAAUGAUUGAUUGAUUGAUUGAUUGGAUGAUGAAUUGACAGAUUAAUUGAUUAAUUGAAUUGAUUGAUUGGAUGAUGAAUUGACAGAUUAAUUGAUUGAUUGAAUUGAUUGAUGAUUAAUGAUUAUUGAUUGAUUAAUUUAUUGAUUGGAUGAUUGUUUAGAUGAUUAAUUGAUUGGGUGAUUAAUUAAUUGAUUAAUUGGGUGAUUAAUGGAUUGGACGAUAAUUGAUUUAUUAACUGAAUAAUUAAUUGGUCCAUUAUAAAAUAAUAUCCAAGGAAUGUAUUCCUCUAGGCUUUAGAACAAGUGGAGAAAGAAGCGCAGACUCUGAAGAAGAAACUAUCACAUGAGCGGAAAGCCAAACUUCAGAAGACGCACACACGCAUCCAGGAAGCAAGAAGUUCAAAACAAAUGGAGCUCGCGAAGUCGACAAAUAUUGAUAAAUUGGUAAGACUGUUUAAAAAUAUAAACUAACUCUAUUUAUACUGGAUAGCUGAAUAUAUGAAUUCUAAACUCCCCUUCACAGAAGUCCAACAAAUACCAUUUCCAAUGCAAUCGUUUAUUAUUACUACAGGAGGAACCCUGAACCAAACUAACUUUUUUUGAAGUGGAUAGAGCUCCAGUAAGGACCAUACCGUAUUGAUUCAGUGUUACUACAGGAGGGAAACGAAGUGCCAAGAGUUACAGUGUUUGCUAGAUUGACGCAUUGUUCGAUUGAAGUACAACACUUCUUACAUGUGACUGAGGUGAAAUUAUAAUCAGACAACUGUAUAUUGCUGGAACGAAGUCCGGUCACAGAGAUGAAAGACAGAUAUAGCAACCGCUGUACUUUCGUUGGAAAGUUAAUAUGUAACUUUUUCUUCAUUUACUAGAUUUCUGAUUUGGACGAACGCGAAAAUCAGCUCAGAGCGAUCACAGGUAAGAAAUUUUCCUAAAAAAUUUACCGUGCUUAGAUGUUUGACUAUACUACUCAAGAAUAACGUAUUCGAAAUUUUAAAUUUACACUAUCAUUUCUUAUUUAUACAGCGAACCUUCUACGAGAUCAGAAGAAGAAUGUAAUGGCUAAAGAACAUUCGAAAAAGGUAAAACCAGCAGUUAAAAUAAAUUGAAAUAAGAGAUUGGCCUUUGAUUUUCUUCAAUUUCCUUCCUCCUAUAAGUGUCAUCGUUCUGAUGUUGUGUGAAGCUUAAAUACAUCACCCACAAAGGUCAUUCUCGUUAUUUAAAUAUUAAGUUCCAUUUUCCGUAGGCGAAGAAACAGCUAUUACAACAACUAGACGUUGAACGAAAUCUGAAACUUGGCGCAUUUGAAAGAGUGGACGAACUACAACGACAG